UUGAUAUUAAGCAGCCACCACUUAAUUACUCCGCUACGGAAAAUGUGCGGGGGGAAGAAAACGAUUUAAUAACGGCUUACACUCAGCGAGCCAAUGAGUUAUUUGGGGAAAUCUGGCCGGAGUUUACCCACGCCGAUGGUUAUUUAGUUGGCUCCCGGGGUUCGAUUGGCUCUUCUUUCAUUGCUUAUUUGUGUGGGAUUACUGACUUAAAUCCUUUGCCUUUUUAUAAGUUUUGUCCGGCUUGUCGUUACACUGAACUUUAUCAAGCCCCGGACCGAAUUUUCUCUUGUUAUGACUACCAAAAACAAGAAAAUUGUCCUCAUUGUACUAAUUUAUUAACUAUGGAAGGACAUAAUUUACCUUUCGAGACCUUUUUUGGUUGGGAAGGGGAAAAGUCACCCGAUAUUGACCUUAAUUUUUCGGGAGAUUAUCAAAAGUCCGCUCAUAAUUACGUGCGGCAACUGCUCGGGGAAGACACGGUUUAUCGCAUUGGGACAAUUAAUACUUUGUCUCAGCAAACCGCGGAAAUUUUUUUCCAGGAGCAUCUCCAAUUACGGAAAAAAUUUAAUCCUAACUUUUCGGAAGAAAAAUGA